GCUAUCACAAGACAGAACACAUGUUCUCGAAAUCGCUCUAACAUCGCACUCUAGAUGAUCCAACAUUUUCUUUCCACGGAAUUUAGUAGAGAAUGUGCAAAAAGCUAGCUCUCCAGUAUGUAGAUCGCCGUUUUGCUCAUGUUAUUGCGAUCUCAAUCAUAUGCGAUUCCGUUCCAAAAACCAGCUUCCAUUCCCGUUUGGCUGCAAGCUCCAACCUUUGCAGGGCAGGGCUUAUCAUCAGCGCCACCUUGCCCUCUCCAGCUCCAGCUACUUCACCGCUUCAAACCUGCAGGCUUGCAGCAAGCUCUCACUCUCACUCCGAUCUCCCCAGCUCGAUCUCCCACGCACACACUCCGAUCCGGCCACCCAGCAGCAGCAGGAGGGCAGCAUGAUGCACCAACCUCCUCACCACCUGCCGCGCCUCCUCGUGUCGUCGUCGUCGUCCUCUGAGACGGGGGAGAUGGACCCCCGCGUGUGGCGCCGGCUGCCGCAGCCGCUGGUGGACCGCGUGCUGGCGUGCCUCCCGACGCCGUCCUUCCUCCGCCUCCGCGCCGCCUGCCGCCGCUUCUAUAGCCUCCUCUACUCGUCGCCGUUCCUCCACUCCCACCUCCUCCUCUCCCCGCACCUCCCCUUCUUCGCCUUCGCCGUCCCAUCCGCGGGGCACCUCUUCCUCCUCGACCCCACGCGGCAGGCGCCCUCCUGGUCCCGCCUCCCGCUGCCGCUGCCCGCGCCGGGCGCCGGGCAGGCCCAGGCGGCGUUCUCCCCGGCGGCCGCGUCCGCGGGCCUGCUCGCCUUCCUGUCCGACGCGUCUGGCCACAAGACGCUGCUCCUCGCCAACCCCAUCACGCGCCUCCUCGCGCCGCUGCCGCUCUGCCCCAGCGCGCGCCUCUCCCCCACCGUGGGCCUCGCCGCCGGCCCCACCUCCUUCAUCGCCGUCGUGGCCGGCGACGACCUCGUGUCCCCCUACGCGGUCAAGAACAUCUCCGCCGACACCUUCGUCGCCGACGCCGCCUCCGUCCCGCCCUCCGGCUUCUGGGCCCCGAGCUCCCUCCUCCCCCGCCUCUCCUCCCUGGACCCCCGCGCCGGCAUGGCCUUCGCCUCUGGAAGGUUCUACUGCAUGAGCUCGUCGCCGUUCGCGGUGCUCGUGUUCGACGUGGCGGCCAACGAGUGGAGCAAGGUGCAGCCGCCGAUGAGGAGGUUCCUGCGGUCGCCGGCGCUCGUGGAGCUCGGCGGCGGGAGGGAGCGCGAGGCGAGGGUGGCGCUGGUCGCGGCGGUCGAGAAGAGCCGCCUCAGCGUGCCGCGGAGCGUGCGCGUCUGGACGAUGCGCGGCGGCGGCCAUCAUGGCGGAGCGGCGGCGGCAGGCGGCGUUGGCGGCGCGUGGACAGAGGUGGCGCGGAUGCCGCCCGACGUGCACGCGCAGUUCGCGGCGGCCGAGGCCGGGCGCGGGUUCGAGUGCGCCGCGCACGGCGACUUCGUGGUGCUGGCGCCCCGCGGGCCGGCGAGCCCCGUGCUCGUGUUCGACUCGCGCCACGACGAGUGGCGGUGGGCGCCGCCGUGCCCGUACCCGUACGCCGGCGGGGGGAUCGGCAUCGGCGCCGGGUUCAGGGUGUUCGCCUACGAGCCCCGUCUGGCGACACCGGCCAUCGGCCUCCUCGACGCCACGGCCCCGGCGGCCUUGCACGGAAUGCAGGGCUAGCUUGCUUUGGUGCUCCGAUCCUCCUGCGUGCGUGGCUGCUGCAUAUAUGCUGGCUUGAUCUAUGGCGCCAUGCAUAUGCAUUCUCUAGAUCAUGGAAGUCAUCAAGCCUCUGCAUCCUCAUCAGAUCAGAUGCCUCCUAGAGCGUGUGCUAAUAAUUUCCUUGGUAAGCUUUAGCAGCGAGAUGUUCCAUGCUUCUUUGAUCGAUGUUGCUUGUUCUUAGUGGUAACUGAGCGCUAUUUCAUGAUUUAUGUAUGAGAAUUAUUGGUAAUGUUUUUAUAUUUGCAACU